GCGGCGCCGCGCACGUAAUAUAGCCGCCCCGCCCCUGCGCCGGCUGAGCGCCCGCGCUCGCCCCGCCCCUCCCACGCCUGUUCCCCCCGCUCCCACCCGAGCCGCGGGCCGGGAGCGCGGCGACGCGCACUGCGCUUGCAACUGGGGCCGAGCUAAUGGAGGAGGAGGAGGAAACUUCCUUCAGUUAAACCGACCCACUGCAACAUUUAUCGGCCUUUCCAGCUCUUUGGUGGCAGUACUCGUUUGCUAUUUGCCUUCCAGCCCGGAGGCUGCUUCUACCCAAAUGAUUUCGGUCCUCAACUUGGCAUUUUCAACUCGAAUCCGCCACCUUUUCUUCCAUUUUAGAUUUGUCUUAUCUAUUUCUCCAGCUAUUUGUUUAGAACGCCCUAAAAUUUUAUUUCAAUUUUGAUUUGUACAACGCAAGUUGGCAAUUACUCUACGCAGGGGAUUUUCUUCCGUUUAAUAUUUGGUUUAAUUUUCCUAAGUCCUGCCUUGCGAAUUGAAUUUUAAACUCGGGAAGGGCCUUCCUUUUGUCUCUCCCAUGACCCCUGAUGCAGGGUUUGGGAGAUAAAAAUGCUUGCUUUUGGAAUAUGCAUACUGCAAAGCAUAUACUUUACAGGCCUUGUCGUGGCACUCCUAGCCAAAGAAGCCUUGUAAGCCUCAGAAUUGCAAUUCUGUGUUUUCUUUACCUACCAGAAAGACGGAUCACCUUUAAGAUUUAUUCUGUCCAGUUUAGGAUCUGGUCAUCCAGUUAUGAAGUCCCCGUAGUUAACAAUGAGGAUGAGACCCAGCCUGGUCACACACUUUGAUUCUAUUACUUUUCCUAUAGGAAUACUUCAGGCCAAAUUAUGCUGAAACCCUCAUAAAAGCUCAUGAAAAAUAAAGGGCUGUGAUUUUGUAAAAAAACUAUCACUCUCGAAAGAAAUGUUAUUUUGGUGUGUCUUAGAAGUUUAAUUUUUCUCUUACUAAGUAAGAGGUGUGUUAUGUUCUUCAAGUUUUAGGUAGGAGUGCCAGAACUUAAAUAUGUGAUAGAGGUGAACGUCUUAAACCCCAGAGAAUCUGCACAGUGGUUUGCCAAUGUUCCAGUCUAGUCUAUCUCUGACUAAGGAGGUCAGCUAUACCCACUGUUUGGUGCUUUAGCUGUCACAAUAAUGCUGCCCCAAUUUUAAUUAGAACUUUGGAAAAAUAAGCAUGUGAACUUUCUCCCAUAGGCUAGUAUGAUUUAACUGAUUAAUAAAUUUUAUUUUUAAAGUUCUUUUCAACAGCUUUUAAAAAUCAUGUAUUUUACCAUGCAGUCAUAUAUAAAGAUGAAAGUUUAACAUUUGUGAAAUGAUUUGAGUUGAAAUUAAUGAAUUAUGUAUGGUACUAGUAAUUCUCAGUUCAAGUUAAUGAAGGUGGAAGGGAUAGCACCCAAAAUAGGAACUUCUGAAUGGUGCCAAAAACUCAUUUUAGCCCUUGGUUGUAAUGUCCUUGGAGCUUAUAAACAGGUGACAAACUGGAAUUUGAGCUUUUCAAAUUCUUUGCCCUUGUUCAAAAUAGGAAGAGAACUACAGGGGGCUUAAAUGUUCACAAGCUGGAUAAUUAGUCCCCUAAUGAAUCAGAGUUAAAUAUAGUUAUUAUGAUGGUCAUUUAAGUUUAUGUGCCCUUAGAUAUGAUUUACAAUUUUAAGUAUUAGUGAUAUGAAAACAAUUUCUACUUAACUGGAAAAAGCCUAUGAAAAAUGUAUAUCUAAAUACCGAUUUAUAACAAUUGUUCUUAAAUCAGUUGUAAUAAUAAACAUGAAAUAUAACUUUAGAUGGGCAUGAGAAAAUUCCAUGGCUUUGCCUCCAAGACCUUUGUAACCUGGAGAUCAUCUUCAGUCUGCUCAUUUUAUGGCCCAGGAAGCUGAGGUCCUCCCCCCACCCCAGGGUUCUUUCAUUACACUGGGCCUUCUUAGCCAACAUUUAACUGAGAAACAGUUUUUGUAAAUACUCAAACAGCCAUCAUCUUAACUGUUUGGCCUUUUUACAAACAGGUGAAAUCUACCAUUUAACAUUUUAUUUUACCACUUGAAAGUACAAAUAGUGACUUCAUUUUAAUAAUUGUUUUUUCUUCUUAUACUUUUAAUGCUGUUAUGAUAGUCGUGUUCUACGGAGACCAGUAAAAGUACAGAUCACUCUCUCUAAAUUGCUGAGGAACCUAUAAGGAACUUGAAAUCCCCCCUUUUUGAAAUCCUGGAGACUACCAAGAAUACAGAGUGGAAAAGGGGGAAAAUUAAUUCUCAAUAGCAAAAAAUGAUUAGUGAAUUACCCAUGGAUAAUAGACCUAUGACAGGGCAUUAGAGAGUUAGGGUGCUCAGAAUAUAUAGCUCACAUUUUGAGGUUGAAGCAAAGGCACAUACCUGAAUCUGUAGUUUGUCACAAUAAUUCACUCAGCAAAUAUUUUUUAGCACCUCUAUUCAGGCGCUAGGAAUACAGCAAUGAACUAUGUAAUUAUGCCUUCAUUCUCGUAGAGUUAGCCAAUAAAUAAAAUAGAGACGGUAACAAGUACUGCUGGGCAAUGUAAAACAGGAGAGGGGCAGGGUGUGCUGCAGUCAUGGGAUAUUUUCAGUUAUAAAUGGGGUGGUCAGGGAAGCCUAAGAAGUAAGGUAACAUUUGAGGUGGAGGGAACAAAAAGUAGGCCUGAGGUGAAAGAUAGGCAGGGAGAUCGGGCAGGUUAGGGAGAGGAGGGGAGAUACAGAUUGCCAGCAGCCUUGCCAGUGUUUUUUUAAGGACUUUGGCUUUUGCCUCCAGUGAGAAGGAAGAAACUGAAGGGUUGUUAGCAGUGAAGUGACAUGAACUGACAAGAAUGCUAAAUUCAAUGGACUCAAGAUGGUAUUCCAUCGGUUCAUUAUUUUCCAUUAUUUUCCCACCAAGAGGGAAUUCCCUGGCGGUCACAAUCAAUCCCAAUUUAAUAAAGGAAGCAUGAAACACGCUGAAAUACAUUAUCCCAUCUUCUUACGAAAAUAUGAGAAGUCACGAGUACCUCCAAAUUAUUAAGUAUUAAAAGUACACUUUCAUAUAGACUAACAGGAAAGCACAAUCAGAAGGGAGGAUGUUUCAAAUUCUGGUUAAAAGUACAAGGUUAAAAAUCAGACAGAACUGGGUUGCAGUCCCAGCUAGACCACAUAGUGGCUGUGUGAUCUUGCACAAUCUAUUUAUCUCUCUAUACCUGAGAGUACUCAUGUCUAAAAUGAUACCUGCCUCAUGAGGUUGUUGGGAAAAUUCAGCGAGAUAAUGUAAACUCUGAGUACAGGGCUGGAAGCACAGUAAGAGCUCAGUAUAUAUUAGUCUUCAUUAGCUAUGUCGAGCAAUUUAAUGAACUUAAGAAAAUCUAGAGUUGGAUUGUUAAAUCUUAUUUAGGAAAUUAUAACUAUAUAUACUUUGUAAAUUGUCGAUGAAUUGUUCAGGGUGAGAUGUCAGUCUGGGAAAAAGUGAAAUGAAGUCUGGAUAGGAGAGUGCAGGCUUCACUGCUAGGCCUGGCACUGUCACUGUAACCAGCUGUGUGACCUUUGGCAAAUUGCACCAUCUCUGGAUGUUCGUUUUCUCAUCUAUAAAUGAAGCAGAGCAGACUAGAAGAUUUGUAGAGCCUCUCCAGGGAGAACCUUCUAUGAGUUUCCUCUUUGCUGACUCCAGACUGUCAAUGGAGGAGCACUGUUGAACUUUGAAAUAUUGGCUAUUCAUAUUCAGGUUUUUACUUGUUAGAUUCAAAACUUUGCAUUAGAGUCUCUAAGCAUUUUAUAAUUAAGUAGUAGACAUGAAAUUUGAACUAGUGUAUUACAGUUUUUGAAUUUUAAAUGGUACAAAAUACUCCCAUUUACUUUAGACUUGGAUACUACAACAGGCUAAAAGGUUUAAAGUAAAUGGUUUCUCCAAAAGCAAACCAGAGUCCCAAUGCCAUGGCUUGCUGUGCUUCCCGUUACUGCCGCAGUGUCCACACCGGCCCUGCCACCACCACCUGCUCAUCUGAAAAAUGCUGCCGAUGUGGAGUCUGCCUGCCCAGCAUCUGCCCACACACGGUUUAGUUACCGGAGCCAACCUGCUAUGACAGCUGUCCCCCACCGUGCCGCAUUCCUCGGCCCUGUGUGCCUGCCUGCUUCGUGCUCAACUCAUCCCAGCCUACCCUAGGCCUGGAGACCCUCAGCCUCACAACCUUCACUCAGCCCUGCUGUGAGCUCUGCAUACCAAGCUGCCGCUGACCGAUGACUGCCUCGCUCAGUGCCUGGAGAUAACACUGAAGCUAUCUAUUCAGCAUUCACUUGCCUCAGUAGUUUAUCAGACAUUGAGGCAGACCAGAUGGCCUAGAUAUGCACAACCUACCUUUCAUCUUAAUGGAAAGAAAAUCAAGAAAUUUUAGUGGUUAUUUGGCUAACCAUUUGGUUCAUUUGGGCAGGUGAAUGUCAUCUAUUAUCAAAAGUAUUGAUAUCUAUAAGACCUCAGACUGUUUGUUUGUUUGUUUUUUCUGUCUGCACAGCUUGUGGGAUUUUAGUUUCCCGACCAGGGAUAGAACCCAGGCCCUCAGCAGUGAGAGGGUAAAGUCAUAACCACUGGACCUCCAGGGAAUUCCCCAGACCGUAUUUUGUUGGUCAUGUUGCUUCCUAGAUCCCAUUCCUUAUAUUGAGUAUUUUCAUAGAGGAAAAAUAAUUUCUUGAUGGGUUUUCCAAUAAACUUUAUUUCUGUGGCAAUAAAUAAAGUAAAUGGUUA